ACCUAACAGAGAAGCCAUGUGAAUAUAAACCCACUACUUGCAAUGAAGGGAAAUCCAUUUAUCACUUGUUCAUUACCUCCUGUUAAACCUUCUUCUUCUCAAACCAACCCAAAUCAACUCACUGUCUUUGCUUUUGUUCAUCAUGCCUUCAUUCAUGAUUUCACUCCUUGCCUGGGGCUCUGACUCUUCCUCUCUGCUUCUGAAGGACCUGAAGGGCCAUCAUGAUCCACUACCAGAUUUUGCUGAUGAAGGGUCACCAGUUGGAUAUUGUGGCUGGAAUGUUGAACAUGGCUUGGUUCCCUUUUGAUGACUUGAUGAUGUACGAACGUGACAUCGAGGUGGCCAAAGAUUUGGAGUUAGCAGCAGCACUGGAUCUGCACCAGAGAUCAGCUUGGGCCUUGGGAAGGCAGUACGAUGUAUUUCCUUGGUGGUGAUGAGCGACAAUGGGAGAUCGUGGCCAUGGACGAGCACUUGCAGAAGAGAUGGACAACAAUAUGUUCUGAUCAUGGAGUGUAUUUCCAGGCUAGUAUUGUUCACAUGGAGCCAAGGCCAUUUCCAGCUGAGUACCUUACCAAGUUUGAAGAGGUUUCCAAUGAGCUCUUUGCUUAUGAGAUGUAUCAGUCCUUGUUGAAGCUGGAAGUUGUGGAGGUCAACUCUGUGGAUCAACUGACUUUCCUCAUUCGGCUCCGUGAGAAAGAGCCAAAUUGGGAGUUUCAACUUUCCAUUGCGGAUGAAACAGAGCAUCAAGCAAUAGAGGAGAUGUCAGAGGAGAAUAACAUCAUUGUGAGGAGCGAUUGACAUACUGAUGUUGGCUAAAGGAAGGUGUGUGAGUGGCUGCGGCAUGGAUUUGAAGUCAGUUAGUUUCCUAAUUAGUAUUCCUACUAGAUCGAUGUGGAACAAUUAUGAGAUCGUUAGAUCUAAAUUAUCUUUAAUUAUUAUUAUUAGUAGUGAUGGACCAAAUGAUGAUCUGUAAUGAUUUACUUUGCUUA